AUGGUGGACAACACCAGGCUCACGCUCCGCAACCGUUACCUGAGUGACGCGGACGACUUCGGAGAUGGGAGCAACGAGCUGAGCUCCUUCUUGGCGAAGCAUGCGUCCUCGGAGAAGAGGGUGGUGAAGGUGACGGGCACCGACUCGACUGGGGCGUCAACCACGCAUGAGUACACCCUUCACGAGGAGAAGAUCAAAGGACAGAAAUCUGGCGGGGGCAUGGACGACUGCAUCACACUGGCGAAGGGGUAUGUGAAGGAGCUGCUGAAGCGUGUGGAGAGCCGGAUGAAAGACUUGGGCUCUCUGGAGGGCGCCAAGCUGUUCACGCAGGGGGCGUACCCGAAAUCUCACUCGAAGCGGCAGCGGCGGUUUUUACAGUGGCUGGAGGCUCUCCGCAAUCUGUUUAAGCGGAGACCGGAAGACCCUGACACUCUGCCAGCCAAGGAUGUGGUGAUGGCGCAUGCGCAGAGGCCCGUGAAGCGCACGAAGAAGACCCUUGCGAUGCUGGCCGCGAAGCAGGCGGCAGCAACAGCAGCAGCAGCAGCAGCAGCAGAUGCUGCUGCUCGUGAAGCAGCAGCUGCAGAAGAAGCAGCCAGGCUAGAGGAGGAGUUGGGCCCCUGGCAGAGACGGGCUGGCCACGUCAAAGUGCACAUGACUUCGGAUUCAGAGCUAGACGGGGACGACGACGACGAGGAAGGUUACUCUACUGGUAGUGAUAGCGAAUCCUAG